AUGAAGGCCCUCAUUCUCGUCGGUGGCUUCGGCACACGUCUACGGCCCUUGUACGAAGCCUCUCUUGGUGUCAAGAUCCACUUCUCUCUCGAGAACGAACCCCUCGGUACUGCUGGUCCGCUUAAGCUUGCAGAGGAGAUUCUGGCUAAGGACGAUUCUCCCUUCUUUGUCUUAAACUCAGAUAUCACCUGCGACUUCCCCUUCAAGGCACUCGCCGAGUUCCACAAGUCACACGGUAACGAAGGCACUAUUGUUGUUACGAAGGUUGAAGAGCCCUCUAAAUAUGGUGUCAUCGUUCACAAGCCCAACCACCCUACGCGAAUCGAUCGUUUCGUCGAGAAGCCUAUCGAAUUCGUCGGCAAUCGUAUCAAUGCCGGUAUGUACAUGCUAAACACUUCGGUGCUCCAGCGCAUUGAAAAGAACCGACCUACCUCCAUCGAGCAAGAAACUUUCCCCGCUAUCGUUCGCGAUGGACAAUUACACUCCUUCGACCUCGAGGGCUUCUGGAUGGAUGUCGGUCAACCGAAGGACUUCCUAACGGGCACUUGCCUAUACCUUUCAUCGCUCGCAAAGAAGCAGCCCCAUCUACUAGUUUCUCCUUCCGAGAGCUACGUCCACGGUGGCAAUGUCAUGAUUGACGAGUCUGCCAAGAUUGGCAAGAACUGUCGCAUUGGACCUAACGUUGUCAUUGGCAAGAAUGUUGUCAUUGGCGAUGGUGUGCGUCUACAGCGAUGUACACUCCUCCCGGGAUCUAGGGUUAAGGACCACGCAUGGAUUAAGAGCACCAUCGUCGGCUGGAACAGCGUCGUCGGAAAGUGGGCUCGUCUCGAGAACGUCACUGUUCUCGGUGACGACGUAAGCAUCGGCGACGAGAUCUACGUCAACGGCGGAAGCGUCCUUCCGCACAAGAGCAUCAAAGCCAACGUCGACUACCCGUCUAUUAUCAUGUAA